AUGGAGGAGAUGAGCGCAACAGACCCCUCUCUGAUUAACGUGACUUCUGGAGAUGUGGACUAUUGGGAAAAUAUCAGAAAUGAAUGCUUAAGACUACAUUAUGGAUUGAUAAUCUUUACAGGUGUCUCUAUGGGGAUUUCUCUCUGUGGACUCGUGGGGAAUGGGAUAGUCAUGUGGUUCCUGGGCUUCCACAUGAAGCAGAACCCUUUCACGGUCUACUUCCUAAAUCUAGCUGUUGCUGACUUCUCUCUGCUCCUCCUGUUUUUUAUGCUCAUAUUGGCAUUUUUGAACUUAAUAACAAAUUGUUCUUAUUUGUCUGAUUUUAUUCCCUUCUACAUAGAUUUUGUAUGUAUAAUUGAAUUUCUGUGCCACUUCUUUGACCUUAGCAGCCUGGGUAUCCUGACAGCAAUCAGCGUGGAGCGGUGCAUCUCUGUAUUCUUCCCAAUCUGGUAUCGCUGCCACCGCCCAAAGCACUUAUCAGGGAUUGUGAGUGGGGCGCUCUGGGCUCUCGCUGGAUUUUUUGUUUUCUCAAUGAGUCUUAGCUUUAGCUUUGCCGAAGGCUACGAGACGGUAUUUGCAGGCAUAGCCAUUGCCAUUGCCAUGAUUUUGUCAUCAAUGAUGUUGAUUUCCAACCUUCUCCUGCUCAUCAAACUCCAAUGUGGCUUACAGAGACGACAGCCAGGGAAACUCUAUGUUGUUGUCCUGCUCAGCAUGAUCUUCUUCUUUGCCCUUGGUAUUCCUUUUGGUGUAGAGGUCUUCCUCAAUCUUCCAAGUUCACAUGAAUUAUUACCUGAAAAGACAACUUUUCUGCUGGCAUUGCUGAACAGCAGCAUCAAUCCAGUCAUUUACUUCCUGGUAGGGAGCUGCCGGCAACGCCGGUUCCAAGGCUGCGUGAAAGUCGCCCUCCGACGUGUGUUUGAAGAAAAAGUGGUGAGCAAGAAGGAGAGCCAUGUGCCUGAGGACACUGCUGUGCAGACCCCUCUAUAA